UGGGCAGUGUGCGCGAUUGACUGAAGAUUUCCCAACCUCCACGAUGAUUGAUUAUCCUGGCAGCGCUCCAGGACGCUUGUGCGUUUCUCUUGCGCACGGGAUCUGGCCCCUUGUUCCAAAUCACAGAGCGCUCAGGAAAGGGGGUGGUGCCGGCCCAGCUGGGAUACAUAAAUAGGAGGGACCGGCAACUCAUCUGACUGCAAGACAACAGAGGAGAACAGACCAGACCCUUUUCCCAAACUCAAAACCAGAACCAGAAACAUCUGGAGAGGGGAAAGGAGAGAGAGAGAGAAAGAGAGAUCUGUUGGAAUUUACUGCUGUUCUCAAGGACUUCUUUUCAACGAGUCAAGCCUGCCCAUAACUUUAAUUGCACUGGAGUUCGUUUCUUUUUUGGUGUUGUGGAAGCUCAUAGUGGAAAUAUAGCCAACUUAAAGGAUUUUACUGACUUUAUUGCAGAGACUUUAUUUUUCUAAUAAAUCUAAUAUAUCCACUUGUUGGAUUUCCCAGCAGCAUGAUGUGGUUUUCACGCGUUUUUAUUGGUUUAAUCGCCUUUCUGUGCGUCGGCGCAGCCCGCUGCGCCUGGGAGGAGAGCACCGUGGUGCCGGUCCGACUGGACCGGUCAGAGAGCGAAAGCGAACCAUGGCGGACUCUCUCCGCAGAGGAGAAGGAGAAGGAGGCGCAGACCAGGCUCUACCGCUUGGACGUUUUUGGGAAGCAGCUGGUUUUGCAGCUGGAGCCUGAUCAGACCUUCCUGGCGCCUGGGUUCGUCUUCCACGUCGUGGGCAGCCCCGAGUCCGGUCCGGACCGGGAAGCCGAGAGCGGCGCCGAGCCGGGUUGCUUCUUCUCCGGCACCGUGAACGGAGAAGAGCGCUCCGCCGCUGCGCUCAACCUGUGCCACGGGCUCACUGGAGGAUUCUACUUCCAGGGGGAGGAGUACUUCAUCCAGCCGCUGAACUCCACCGGGUUGCCCCGGGGGAGAAAGGAGGAGGAUGCGCACAUGGUCCGCAGGAGAAGCCGCGCAACCUUGGGCGAGAAAGACAGCUCCAAAUGUGGGGUCAGCGAGGACGAGGAGAGAGUGCCAAGGAAUCUGGAACAGGAGGCCAGUCACGGAGCCCCUAACGCGGACCAGACAGCCCACCACAGGACCAGGCGCUUCGUUUCCACGCCGCGCUAUUUGGAGAUCAUGCUGGUAGCUGACCAGUCCAUGGCCGAGUUCCACGGUGCGGGGCUCAAGCCUUACCUUCUUACCAUCAUGGCAGUGGCGUCCCGCCUGUACCACCACCCCAGCAUCCUCAACUCCAUCAGCUUGGCUGUGGUGAAGCUGCUGGUGGUAUACGAGGAGGAGCGAGGGCCUCAGGUGUCAACCAACGCUGCCAUGACCCUCCGCAACUUCUGCCAGUGGCAGCGGCAGCACAACCCUCCUAGUGACCGCCACCCGGAGCACUACGACACAGCCGUGCUCUUCACCAGAACUGAUCUUUGUGGUGCCCAUUCUUGUGACACCUUGGGGAUGGCGGAUGUUGGUACAGUGUGCGACCCUGAGAGAAGCUGCUCCAUCAUUGAGGAUGAUGGGCUUCAGGCAGCAUUCACAGUGGCACAUGAACUGGGCCACGUCUUCAACAUGCCUCAUGAUGAUGCCCAGCUUUGUUCAGGAGUCAAUGGUGCCCACUGGAGCUCCCACAUGAUGGCCUCCACCUUGUCCAAUCUGGACCAGCAGCAGCCAUGGUCUCCCUGCUCAGCUCUUAUGAUCACCAGCUUCCUGGACAACGGCCACGGUCAGUGCUUGCUGGAUAAGCCAGCCAAGCCUCAGUCGCUCCCUCAGCCUCUUCCAGGGACAGUCUACAGUGCCGAUCAUCAGUGUCGCCUGACUUUUGGAGAGGACUCCAGGCACUGCCCACAAUCGAGCACCACGUGCGCAGCUCUGUGGUGCCUUGUGAACACAUCCAAUGGCUAUAUGACUUGCCUGACCAAGAACUUCCCCUGGGCUGACGGGACACCUUGUGGGCAUGAGAGUUACUGCCUGGCCGGACGAUGUCUCAAUAAGACACUGGCUGCUGAACAUCAGACUCCGGUUAACGGUGGCUGGGGGAUGUGGGGUCCCUGGGGUGAUUGUUCCCGAACCUGUGGAGGUGGCGUGCAGUAUUCCUUCCGUUCUUGUGACAACCCCUUACCAAAGAAUGGAGGCAAGUACUGCGAAGGCAAGAGGAUCCAGUACCGCUCCUGCAACACUGAAGUCUGUCCAGACACCAACGGCCUGUCGUUUCGUGAGGAGCAGUGCUUGGCCCACAACGAUAUGUCAGCUCAAGUGUCGCUGGGUUCAGGCGAGGGUGUCGAGUGGGUGCCCAAGUAUGCUGGAGUUUCACCCAGAGACCGCUGCAAACUGGUGUGUCGGGCCAAGGGGACUGGAUACUUUUUUGUCCUCAAACCUAAGGUGGCUGAUGGGACAGCCUGCAGCCCAGAUUCCACCUCCGUUUGUGUACAAGGCCAGUGUGUCAAGGCUGGGUGUGAUCGUAUCAUUGGCUCUAACCGGCGCUUUGAUAAGUGUGGUGUUUGUGGUGGGGAUGGAUCUUCCUGCAAGAAAGUGUCUGGGUCUCUGGAGCGGGCUAGGCCCGGUUAUCAGGACGUUGUAACUAUUCCUGCCGGUGCCACCCACUUGGACGUUAAACAGCGUUCUCCUGGCAAUAGUCGUCAAGAUAACAGUUACCUGGCAGUGCGUCGCCUGGAUGGAACAUACCUGCUAAAUGGCGAUUAUAAAUUAAUGACCAUGGAGACCGAUAUCGCCAUCCAAGGGGCGCUGUUGAGAUACAGUGGCUCUUCUGCCACCCUGGAGCGUAUCCGAAGCUUUGCUCCACUCCCGGAGCCCCUCACCAUCCAGGUGUUGUCUGUAGGCGAAGCUCCGAGGCCCCGAGUGAAGUACAGCUACUUUGCCCCUAGACCCAACAACGCUGGUUCGGCCACUAGCAACAAAGGAGGCCGCCACCACUCAAUUAAUGCCAUCCGAGAGUUCGGUGGUGCCGAGUGGACCCUGAGGGAGUGGGGUCCAUGUUCUCAGACCUGUGGAGGAGGUGUGCAACAAAGAGAGGUUGUGUGUUUGGACCUGCAGGGACGUACGUCGAGAGAGUGCCCGGAGGAGCUUCGACCUUUGGUCUCACGGUCCUGCGCCUCCCAGCCGUGCCCAACCUGGCUUCCGGGCCAGUGGUCAGAAUGCUCCAAGACCUGCGGCCGUGGCUUCCGCAAGCGUCCGCUGCACUGCAUUGGACACGAUGAACGCACGUUAACCCUUGACAACUGUGACCCCAAAGACCGCCCGCGGCCCCUGCUGGAAAUGUGCAUUCAGAGGGCCUGCUGAAGGGAUUGCGUCUACAAUCUUAUCUCCUUCCAUCCCAGAUUCCCGCUACAAAAGACAAUCUCGUGUCUUCUCUGCAACAGUUUUCCCAAGGACAAUCUAAAGAGGUCGAUGAAUGUUUACAACCAGGGCUGCACAUAAGUCCACAAUUGUUGUGAUUGUAACUGGCAAUACUUACCUGUUCCCUCUCUCCAUCCGAGGGCCGAAUGUUGAACAAACGUGACAGCGGCAAAGACCGACCACAUCUUUACGUCUUUCCUGUCACCAGUGGCACAUCUUUCUAAAUUUAGCAGGAAAAAGCAAGCUGCUUACCAUGCUAAUGUCAUGCUCGGUGUGUUAGCUUGACUGUUUGUGUGUCAAAGUGUUUGUAUGCAUAUAUAUAUAUAUAUAUAUAUAUAUAUAUAUAUAUAUAUAUAUAUAUAUAUAUAUAUAUAUAUAUAUAUAUGUAUGUUUGUCCAAGCUGGGCUGGACAGACCAAUAAUAUUUAGUGUUUGGGGUAGGGCGGGUUGGGGGGGAGGGGUACUAUAUUGUGUAUAUAAAGAAGAAUAGCUCAUCUACAUCCCAUCAGGUAUGGAAAACAAGAUCAUAGUGUUUAUUUUCAAACCUACGUCCGCAUUUAUUUAUCAGACACCUGAAGCACUUCAACUUUGUCUUUUUUUUUUUUUGUUUGUUUUUUGGCACAUCACGUUACCCCGUUUCUCAAAAUGCCUCAGUACUUUGUCUUUUAGCCAUAUCUUGCCUUCAUAUUCACAACCUCCAAUGAGGGAGCUCAAAAGACCAAAGAGGAGAGUGUGGCUGAAUGUAUGUGUGUUGUGUGUAAGUGUGUGUGGGUGUAAUUGGAGACCAAAAGAGGGACUUGUCUCCGGCUACUGCUUCAUAAGGAAGUCUCUCCUGCCUUCUGAGAAGGCUUUGUGUUUCAUACGUUCUUUUUUUUUUUUCUUUUUGUAUAGAAUAUACAAACGUUAUUUAUUUUUGUACAGCCUGUUAAAUAUAAUCAUUGCCUUUUUAAAAAAAAGAUUACUAUUUUUUAUUGUAACUGAGAUUACAGAAGGAUGUAGACUAUAUAGAGUAUUUAUACAGUUUUAUAAAUAUAUAUAUAUUUGGUCCUAGAUUCAUGAAUAAAGCAUCACGUUGACUUGUUCA